GCUUCAUCCCCUCAGGGCAAAGUUAAUAUCCUUUAACUUUGGCCCAAGGAUGAACUAACCACGCACUAAAUGGGGAAUUGCAUGCCUCUUGCACCUCUCGUUGGCUGUUCCUCGACUCUCUCCCCCUGCUUUCCCCUUGCCGCUCUCCAGUCGUCGUACGACCGAGAUCUCGUUCUUCCUGCAGCCUGCUGAACUUUUCAGUGGGAGGCGAAGAAGUAAUCAACCCUGCAUGCAUUAGUGGGAAGUCCGAAAGACUGAAAACCAGCACUUAAUUCUUUUUUUUUUCUCUUCGAUGCUUGUUUCUUCGAUGUUUUCUUCUUCUCCUUCCUUUCCUCGACUUCUAUUGUCUUCCCGUUGAUCUUCUCUGCUACACUUGCCCCAUUCCUGUGCAUCCCUGUGCAUCCCUGUGCAGACGAGAUAAGAUCUCAACAGCAUGGAGCAGCACGAGGCUAAGCAAUAUGCCGGCGAUCCCGCCGCGAUUGAGUUGCGUUCGGAGGGGCGUCGCUCCUCCGUCUCCGCUCCUAUCAAUGCUUCUGGUCACAAGCAGGAGCUGGACCGGAAUUUCGGCUUCAUCAACAUCUGUGGUUUGGCAUUGACCAGUGGAAAUACUUGGAUUGCCUUGGGUGGAAGUAUAGUCACAGCGAUCUAUGAUGGCGGCCCGCCCGGGGUCAUCUAUGAGAUGAUUGCUGCCUCCUUCUUUUACUGGUGCAUCGCUGCCUCCCUGGCCGAGCUGGCCUCGUCCAUGCCAUCCUCCGGUGGAGUCUACCACUGGGCAACCAUCACCGCCGGUAGAUACGGACGUCCUGUCGGAUUCUUUGCUGGAUGGUGGAACUUCCUGGCUUGGAUCUUCGGCGCCGCAUCCACAACGCAGAUCCUAGGCACACAAGUGGUAUCGGCAUAUGCGCUCUUCCACCCCGACUACACUAUCGAGCGCUGGCACGUCUUCCUUGCAUACCUGAUCUGUUCCCUCGGAUGCUGCUUGAUUGUCGCCUUCGCCAACCGGGCGCUUCCAAUGAUCGAAUCCGUCGGCGGAGCAUUGACGGUGGCCGGCUUCCUGAUCACGGUGAUCGUGUGCGCGGUGAUGCCGCACGUCAACGGCCAGCCCUACGCGACCGACGACUUUGUGUGGCGCGACUGGCUCAACGAAGCCGGUUAUAGCAGUAACGGCUUUGUGUUUUGUCUGGGGAUGCUGAACGGAGCCUUCGCUGUCGGCACGCCGGACGUGAUCUCGCACUUGGCUGAAGAAGUUCCCCAACCGGGCAAGAACAUCCCCAUUGGCAUGCUGGCCCAGUACGUGAUGGGCUUCUUUACGGCGUUCGUUUACCUUAUCGUCAUCUUCUACGGAAUCACGGACCUAGACGCCGUCCUCGAUGCCCCCUACCUUUUCCCCCUGACGGAGAUCUACCUCCAGAUCACCGGCUCCCGCGGCGGCUCCCUGGGCCUGAUCAUCGUCUCGCUGCUGCCCCUGCUCGUGGCCAUCAUCGGCUGCUACCUCACCUCCAGCCGCGUGCUGUGGACGCUUGCCCGUGACGGCGCCACGCCCUUCAGCGGUUACCUCGGCCGCGUCAGCCCGACGCACAAGAACCCGCUCGCCGCCGUGCUGGUCUGCGGCGUCAUCGCCAUCAUCCUAGGCUGCAUCUACGUUGGCAACUCCACCGCUUUCAGCGCCUUCGUCAGUUCAUUUGUUGUCCUGACCACUAUCUCUUACCUCGCCGCCAUCCUGCCGCAUCUCCUGCGCGGCCGCAAGGGCAUCCCCCGCGGGUGGUUCUGGAUGUCGGGCCCCGUGGGCUUCAUCGUGAACAUCGUCACGUGUGCGUGGAUCAUCGUGUUUAUUGUCAUCUUCUGCUUCCCGUUCUCGAUGCCAGUCGAUGCUGAGACGAUGAACUACACGUGUUUGAUUACCGGUGGGUUCACGAUUCUGAUUGCGGGCGUGUGGGUGGCGAAGAAGGGAGGUUAUAAGGGCCCGAUGGCGGUGGCGAUUGAGAGUGAGGCUUUGGCUAAGGAUGCUAUUUAGUCUUUCCUUUUCGAAGGGUUAUAAAUAAAGAACGAGGACGUGAGUGUAUAUAGUAUAUUUUAAUAUUCAGUGAGGUUCGAUCUACCUGCAUUUGGAAAGGAAUACACAAAAGUCGGGUUUUAUGUCUCUUCC